GGAAGAGCAUAAUGCGUGACUGAUGGAAAGAUGGCGGCCUGUGCGUUACGCAGAGCUGUGCUAAGCAGCGUCAGUACUUACAGCAGAAAGCACACGCACAGAAUACUGAGUUUCGCGGAAGCUUCUAGUAGGUUUGACGUUUACAAACCGCAGCAAACAUGUCACGUCUGUGGUUCGUUCGCCAGCGGUCAGCAGAGACGGUUCAUGUCGUCACGGAACAGGCCUGAAGGGAAGAUUUUGGAGACGGUCGGGGUGUUUGAAGCCGUGAAGCAGCAUGGAAAAUAUGAAACUGGACAGCUGUUCCUCCACAGCGUGUUUGGCUACAGAGGGAUCGUGUUGUUUCCUUGGCACGCUCGUCUUUACGACAGAGACGUCACCCCUCCCAUCUCGGACAGCAAACCUGAGCCUCCAGGAACCCACGGCUCCAAGGAGGUGAAGGGGAAGACUCACACUUACUACCAAGUUCUGAUUGACACCAGAGACUGCCCUCACAUCUCUCAGAGGUCUCAGACCGAGGCGGUGACAUUUCUGGCCAACCAUGACGACAGCAGAGCGCUCUACGCCAUCCCAGGUCUGGACUAUGUGAGUCAUGAAGACAUCCUACCAUAUUACUCCACGGAGCAGAUCCCCAUCCAGCAUGAGCUCUUUGAACGCUUUCUCAUGUAUAACCCCACUAAAUCUCCUCCGUUUACUGCCAGAGACACCCUGAAGGCGUGGCAGGAGAAGAACCACCCGUGGCUGGAGCUGUCGGACGUCCACAGGGAGACCACAGAGAACAUCCGAGUCACAGUCAUCCCCUUCUACAUGGGAAUGAGGGAGGCUCAGAACUCUCACGUGUACUGGUGGCGCUACUGCAUCCGUCUGGAGAACCUGGGAAAUGAGGUGGUCCAGUUGAGAGAGAGACACUGGAGGAUCUUCAGCCUGUCAGGAACCCUGGAGACGGUUCGGGGACGAGGCGUGGUCGGCAGGGAGCCAGUGUUGUCUAAAGAGCAGCCAGCUUUCCAGUAUAGCAGCCAUGUGUCCCUUCAAGCCCCCAGCGGUCACAUGUGGGGGACCUUUCGCAUUGAAAGAACGGACGGGUCCCACUUUGACGUCCGCAUUCCUCCUUUCUCCCUUGAGAGCAACAAAGACGACAAAGCGCCCCCUGCUGGCUACACUUUCUAACAGCUGCUUCUCCCCUUUGAGGACCCAGGCACCGUGUCUGCGCUGGGUCGUCCUCCUAUCUGGACUCGCCCCUCCUCUGUGUUCAUGCAGAGCAUUCAGUAUCAGUCAGGUCAAACAAGAACAUCUGGAAAACCACCAGAGAAUCAGCGAUGGUCAAAUUCAUCUAGUUUUGUUCAAAUUCCCCCAAAGGAUAGUUUUCCUUUUCAAGCCUGGAUUAGGUUUGAAGAGAUGUUCACGCCAAAGCUGAGAGGAAAAUAAAACUCACCAAGCUGAUGGGGCUUGUCUGGACAUGCAGUGCCUAAAAUAUUGAUCUGGUUGUUUUGAACAGGUCUGCUAACCUGGGGUUUGUGCAAACAGACAAACUGUUUUUGUCUUCAUUUGUGGAUAAUCUCUCCAUUUUACCAAACUAUCGUUUUCUGUUUGGUUUGUGAAUUUCUCCACCUUUCUGGACCUCUUUUCUGCUGCCAUGAUGUUCAUCAGCCCUCCAUGGCCCAGCAGAGCCAUUAAAAAUCAUGUGAUCCAGCAAUGAAGCAGAGGAAACGUCACACAGGCUUGUUGUGAAAUGGAAACCCGAUGCAGACGGGUACGACAUGAUGGUGUUUCCUCUGCAACAGCAGGGAGCUGUUGAGCUUUAUAUGCUUAAAAAAUGUGACUAAAGUAGCACAAUAAUACAGUAAAUUCAUUCAUGAGGGUGCGACGAAGCUUUAGCCAACAUCCUUCCUGCUCCCACAGGAUCCAGACCUCAUCCUGGCUCGUUCUGGACUUGUUGGAUGUCUGUGGCUUACUGUGUGACCGUUCAAGAAGUCUAACGUUUCUCCAGCAAAAUACAACAGUUCUAAAUUCAGCUGGAGAAUUGAAGAUUGUUGGAAAACUGUAAAUAAGGAUGUAAUUAAAAGUAGAGCAAAUAAAUAUGCCUUUUAACAAUU